UAAAGGAAGCUUAGCCCGCCAUUGUGUAGAUAGACGCUUUGGCUGAGUCUUUAAGGCACUUUUGUACACUCUACCCCCCGACUAAACGCUAAACCACACAGGCAGCCUCCAGCGGGAGAGAAAUGUCAGCCAGCAGCCUCGUGGAGCAGGUAAACAGAGGCGCUUUAUGAACGUUGAGGAGCUCAGCCGUAGCUAGCAGUGACUCUAGCGCUAGGCCUGCCUGACCACCUGCUGUAGGACUAACUACUGCAUAUCGACCUCUCAUAUUCUCCCCUCUUUUCAUCCUCACUACUCACACCUUCAUGAAUCACCUGGACCCAAUCCAGAGACCGAAAGGCCAGGCAAACAAAGUGCAAAACGGAGCUGUCGCCCAGAAGGAGACCUUAAACGAUGAUGAGUUCGAGCCUUAUCUGAACGCUCAGCCCAGACAGAGCAAUGCGUAUACAGCCAUGUCGGACUCCUAUAUGCCCAGCUACUACAGCCCCUCCAUAGGAUUCGCCUACCCGCUCAACGAAGCGGCAUGGUCCACCGGCGGCGACCCUCCCAUGCCCUACCUGGCCUCUUACGGACAGCUUAGCAACGGAGAGCACCACUUUCUCCCGGACGCCAUGUUCGGCCAGUCCGGGGCGCUCGGGAGCAACCCUUUUUUGGGCCAGCACGGUUUUAACUUCUUCCCCAGCGGGAUCGACUUCUCCGCCUGGGGUAGCAGCAGCUCUCAGGGACAGUCCACGCCGAGUUACGCCUACGCGCCCAGCUCACUCGGGGGCGCCGUGAUAGACGGACAGUCUCCUUUCGCCGCCAACGAGCCGCUCAACAAGGCCGUCGGAAUGAACAGUUUGGACCAGGGCAUGGCGGGGCUUAAAAUCGGAGCGGGGGACAUGGCGCCUAAAGUUGUCGGCUCUGGACUUCCCGGGGGGCCUUUGAAUCAGGUAUCGGUGGCUCCCAGCAUGCCGGUGGCCUCUCUCGUGCCUGCCAAGGUGGCGUCCUGGGCGGACAUUGCCAGUAAGCCUGCCAAACCUCAGCCCAAGCUCAAGACCAAGGGUGUCUUGGGUGGCACGAACCUUCCCCCUCCGCCGAUUAAACACAACAUGGAUAUAGGCACGUGGGAUAACAAAGGGGCGAUGCCUAAAGCUGCGACGCCCCAGCAGCCAGCCAUGCCUACGAAUGGACAGCCACCCAAUCAGUCCUCUCCUCAGCCGGCUAGUACUGCUGGCGGGGUGCCGCAGCUUCCCCUUAGCAAUGGACAGCUAGUACCCCUUACGGUGCCUCUUGGACAACAUCCUCAAGCGCCCAAUGGGCAGCAAGUUAUGGCUCCCCCACAGCUUUCCCAAGGACUUCCUCCUCCUUCCCAACCCUCCCAGCCUACCCGCUGGGUGCCCCCGCGCAACCGUGCCAACGGCUUCGGAGACGUGGCAGGCGUGGCCAGCCAGUCCCCUCCCAGCGCCGGAUUAGGAGUAGUCGGCGUGGUCUCGGAGCCGCACCCGGUCCUGGAGAAGCUGCGCCUCGUGAACAACUACAACCCGAAGGACUUCGACUGGAACCCCAAGCAGGGGCGCGUGUUCAUCAUCAAGAGCUACUCGGAGGACGACAUCCACCGCUCGAUCAAGUACAACGUGUGGUGCAGCACGGAGCACGGGAACAAGCGCCUGGACGCCGCGUACCGCUCCCUGGCCGGAAAGGGACCCCUGUACCUGCUUUUCAGCGUCAACGGGAGCGGCCACUUCUGCGGCGUGGCCGAGAUGCGCUCGCCCGUGGACUACAACACGUGCGCCGGCGUGUGGUCGCAGGACAAGUGGAAGGGCCGCUUCGACGUGCGCUGGAUCUUUGUCAAGGACGUGCCCAACAGCCAGCUGCGCCACAUCCGCCUGGAAAACAACGAGAACAAGCCGGUGACCAACUCGCGAGACACGCAGGAGGUGCCGCUGGACAAGGCGCGCCAGGUGCUAAAGAUCAUCGCCGGAUACAAGCACACCACCUCCAUCUUCGACGACUUCUCGCACUACGAGAAGCGCCAGGAGGAGGAGGAGAGUGUGAAAAAGGUAGAGGUCCAGGGCAGCGAUCCAUACUCGAGUAACCCCAGCCGGGGUCACUACAGACUGCAGGAUCGCCAAGGACGUGUCAAAUAAGAGCGGCUAAUUUGGGGGGAAAAGACUGACGUGGUCCUGCUCACCCCCAUCAUUCAUCCAGAUCUUUUCACUGAUUACACUGGGGGGAGAUUUAACCAAGGAUUUGAAGCAAGAAAAAAAUGAAUGGAGAAAAAAAAAAAAACUAAAUGAAGACUCUUGAUUUCUGUUGACUUAAAAAAAAAAAAAGACUCUGAACUCGUAGACAAGGAAAAAGAACCGAUUAUUCAUAGGACUAUGACUUAAUUCUAGAGCAUUCUUAGACGAUCAUUUUCUCGCCCCUUUCCUUUUGUUUCCUUUUUCGUUUGCUGCGUUCAUUCAUUUUUUUUUUUUUUUUUUUAAAGCAAGCUUUUUGUUUUUACAGUCCCAGAGCAAAAGGCUCGACCGCAUCAACCGUCUGUAGUGGAUCUUUUUUAGUGAUGGAUUCUAGUGCCCUAUCUGCCUUAGCAGCCUUUCAUUUUCUGUUUAUUUUUUCCCGUUCGAUUGGAAUCGAUCCCAUCCGGAUGCACAGCGGGAGUGACCUUUUCGGUGGACGUUGCAUUUUGGGUUCUACAAUUCUACAGUAACCUGUGCGAAAAGAGGAUAAAAAAGCCAAUUUUGUGUAACUAUGCCUCCUUUAUUCGAGUAAAAAUUGUAAUAAUGUAAAUGUUUGGAACUUUUCGUUGGUGGUAAGUGAUGGUUAUUGCCAGGACAUUCAUUGCGAGCUGGUGGCAGAAAUGUUGAGUUCGGUCGUUUGUUUCAUUUUUUUUAUGGUGUGCAGAAAUAGGGCUGUUUACGAAAGACGUCUCUGAACUUUUGAACCUGUUUUCCUCCGUUUUCCAUUCGAAAAUGUUGCUAUGGGCUUCUCUAUUUGUCAACCCAUUUUUUUUCCCCCAUUAAACCCCCCCCCAUCCUCUGUUUCUUAAGUCAGCAUCAAGUUGGGCUGUGUGCCCGCUUUCUAUUACUCAGUUCAUUCAAAUAAAUGUGGUAUACUCAGCAGAACACUUUGUUUCAUUAAAUAAUUUUCUGUUCCACUAUAA